CCAGAAUGUGUGUUGUUUGCAAUGCAGUCCAGCACCAGUUGUUUAGAUAUUUAUAGUCUGAUGUUACGUUGGAAUCUAUCCCGGGUUAAAACAGGAGAAAAAGGAACAUUUUGCCUUUUAGAAACAGGGAGAGUUGAUCAUCCAGUCCAGCACACGUAACUACACGCUCGUUAAUUAGACGGGAAGAAGGGCGGUGGCCGGCGCGUGAAUGAUCAAAGCGUUUUUAAACGCUUUGUGGGCGGGGCUCAUACUGUAUUUACGCUGGACGGCUCCGCCCUGCAACAAGAGAUAGAAAAGUGUCUGUAGGUCGGAGGAAUGGAACAAGUGGAAGGAGAUGCUGCCGACGGGCACACGUUAGUGAUUCCGCCACGCGCACUCCGUCGCCGUCUCGCGCUGUAGCAUCCAUCCUCCAUUCUGCGUAACAGGACGCGCGGUGGGUCAUUCACGCUGCUGCGUCGGAGCUUCAUGGCCGCAACACUCACGAUGAGCGGCGGCGUGCUGGAGGACGCCUUCUACCCUCUGCAGAAGCCGUCCCUGCCGGCCGGAUUCCCGCUGGAGGACUCGGCGUUGUUCGGCUUGGAUUGCAAGAUCCCCGAAAUGGAUAAGGCUGGACAUGAGUACACGCAGGCAAAAUGUGAGAUGGACAGAUACCUCUCCCCUCAGCCUCCCCCCUUCCCAGCUCACGGCGACACCCAGCAGAAGCUGAACAGAGACGGUACGCCAUCCGUAGACCAGUUCUUUGCUGAUGAUCCCAGCGGGGCUCCCUACACCCUCAACAUGAAUCUUUACCUUCCUGACAUCGCUUACCUGAGGAUGGGUGUGAGUCAGCAGGUUCGCACCCCUCACCAGAACCACGCUGGGCUGGCGCAAAUCAAAACAGAAGCCGCCCCUUCUUGCUUCUCCCCCAAUCUACAGCCACUCUGCCCCAACGCUGCCCCUACUAGUGGCUGCAGAACAUCCGGCCACAACGUUUCCAUGGAAACCUCAACCAUAAACAUGACACUGACAGGUUUGCCAGACUUCACCAGUGUUUUCACCCAAUCAAGAGGCAACCGGGGAGCGGAUUCGGUGCCUGAAGUGUUUGUCAAACAGGAAAUGCCGUCACAAUUUGAGCAACAUGGCCUCCAUCAUGACAACAGCAGCCCACUGUUCCAGCUCCUGAACUCUGGGUUGGAUCAUCAGAACAAUGCCAUGGAGGUCCAUCAUCAUCAUCAUCAGCAGCAACAAAUACAGCAUAAUUCCACCACGCCAGUUCACACACCUUUUCAUGAUCUGCCGGUUGCUUCCUCUACUUCCCAGCAAGAGCAGGCUGUCAAGCCUGCCUACCACAGCAUGGCCAACGGGGUGUACUCGCAAUCUCACACUCAAGUCCAUCCUCAUUUCCUGCAACAGCAGGUGCCGUACCUGCCGCCCUCCCCGCCAAGCUCGGAGCCAGGCAGCCCUGACAGGCAGAAGGAGCUCCUCCACACCAUGUCUCCUCCACCCUCCUAUGCCGCCACAAUUGCCUCAAAGCUAGCAGGCAGUCCUCCUGGACUUGCACCCGGCACUGGACCCGGCAACCUGUCCAUGUCCCUCGCUUUAGGUCCCAAGCAGGUCCAAGGGCCGCCUGCGGUGCUUAGCCCCCAAGUCCCCACAGAGUCCCCAAUACAGAACCCUGUCCGCUACAACCGGAGGAACAAUCCAGACUUGGAGAAGCGGCGGAUUCACCACUGUGAUUAUCCAGGCUGCAAGAAGGUCUACACCAAAUCGUCCCACCUGAAAGCCCACCUCAGGACCCACACGGGUGAGAAGCCGUACCGCUGCACGUGGGACAGCUGCGACUGGCGUUUCGCUCGCUCCGAUGAGCUGACCCGACACUACAGGAAACACACGGGCGCCAAACCCUUCCAGUGCGCCGUCUGCUCCCGCUCCUUCUCCCGAUCUGACCACCUUGCCCUGCACAUGAAGAGACACCAGAACUAGCACCAUUUGCACACACUAAAGUCAUCCCUGAACAAGCACUAUCCUGACUCACGUCAAGCACUCACUCAGUCUCCCCAGCCACAAUGUUGCAGAGUGGGUUUCAUUGACAACACAGCUCCUCCUGGUGCUGCUACAUUGUGCUCUCACACUAUGAUUGCUGAACAAUAUUUUGCAAACCAGAGUGGGACAAUUAAAAAAAAAAAAGAGGAGGAAAGGGACCAGAUCCUGAUCCCACAAUCUUCAAAUAGUCUUGGUUUGGAUUACUUUGGACAAUUACAAAGAAGGCACAUGAUUAAUAACAAAAAAGGUAGCUUCUAAAUGCAUUUCCAGUCUAUGUGGACUCUUUUGUGUGACUGGAAUGUAAGCAUUUAUACACCUUCAUCAGUCAUUGUUGUAACAUAGAUUAUCUUCGAAACUAGCCAGACAAAUUCCAUGUUUACUUAAUAUUUGUGUGUUUCUAUAACUGGAAAAUCCAGAUUUAAAUUUGUUUUGUUUUUUUACUAAAUCCUUAGGUUUGCACUAGAAUCAAUCAUCUCUCAGCUUUUUUUAUUUUAUUUUUUUGAGCGUGCAUCUCAAACACCACUGGAAAGUUCAUGAUUACUACAGAACUGGAUCGCCAAACUGUUCAGAUAUAAAGAUUUGAAGGUUUUUUAUCAUCUGGAGAUGCGAAAAGUAGAGGGAAAAUGGAGAAUGUUGAAGUGUAGAGAGGGAGAAUAUUUUUUGAUUUUACAGGGUAGAACUGCAAAGUCACAGAAAGACUUGGACGGAUACUGAAGAGCAGCAAUUAAGUGAUGAAUUAUUUAGGUCGUCUUUUUGAUGGAUUUCCAUCCACAGAAAUGCUAGCAGGACCCAUCUAAGUUAAGACAGAGUGGGCUGUACUUGAUACACAUGCUUGAAUUAAGCCUUCAGAGUCAUAUUUCUGAACAAAUGUUUUCACCCGGCGGUUUACUUCCUUUAAAUGUUUUAACCAAAGUUUCAUCUGAAUCAUCACCACCUUAUUAAGUGCCUCCUUCUGUGGUUCAUGUGUUUCUUUUCUGUGGUGAAAGAGCUGGGAUUAGUGUUUUUUAGGCAAUUUGAAUCGCUCAUGGUGCUGUUUUUUUUCUCCCUUUUUCUUUCAAAUUAAUCUCCGGAUUUGACAGUAAAACAAUAGUUUGAAGUUCAUUGUAGUGCAACUUCUCAGCUCUGGCCACGUCCCAGACAUCCAAGUGUUGUGUGAAACAUUUGCAUAUAAGAAACAGUCUCUCCUUUCUCUUUGAUUCUUUAAACAGCUAACUAGCAUCUUGGCUCUAUCAGUCAAUCAAACAUGGACCAGUGCUCUGUUAAAGGACAAGUUCACUUCUUUUACUUUUGUGCUAAAUUUGAGCAAAAAACUCUUCUUUUCUUUUAACUUAAAUACUAACAUUUUCAUGAAAAAUACAAGUUCUCAACUUCUUUUUUAUUUUGUAGCCUCAAAAGCAUUAUUUUUUAUAUAAAUAAAACUAUACACCUGUGUGCUAAAGCUGAUCAAAAUUUGAAGAAGGUGCUCACAUCUCACCAGAUGUGUUCAUUGUAUUGGGUCUUAAUGUUAUUUUGUACAUAGAAAAACAAUGGCGAAUCUGUCCUUUAACGUAUGUCUGAGUGUCCGUUUGAUGGUGUGAUUUGGCCUGCAACUAUAACUGUAUUUGUUCAUUCACUGCAGGUAGCAUACAAAUAAUAUAGCACUGUAAUGUAUCAUGGUAAAUCUAUUUAUUUGAUUGUGCAAAUGUUGGGGUCGUAUGAAAUCAAAACACCUCCCCCUCCUCAAAGAAAUAUGCCUUAAUGUAAAUAUAUGCACUGUAAAUAUUUUUUUUUUUUAUUUUUUUGUAAACAAAAGGGCAAAAAAAGGAAAUAAUGCCCUGCAUCAAAGCAUAUUGGAGCAUUUCCCCUCUUUGUUUUCUAGUCCAAAUUCAUUUUAAUACUAUUGUUUCAUACACUGUCCUUCCAGCAACUUUUUUGUAGAUUUUUUUUUUCCUUCAUGGUAAACGUUCCAAAGACAAAAGUUGUUUUUCUUCAACUGAGUGAAGCGAUUGCUAAUAAAGUCAACUGACACCUGA